UUCCUUUCAUACUGAUCAAAAAAAUUUAGGCCCACACGCUAUCUCUCAUAUUAUUCUUUGUUCCAUUUGAAAAACUUAAUUUUCAUUAUUGAAAUUGAUACAUAAUUUCACUCCAAAGAAUAUAUAUUCUUUCUCCAUUUCAGACCGCAUUUGGUUUAGUUUCUUAACAUGAAAACCAAGUUGGAAUAUAAAAGAAAAGAGGCAAUCAUAAUAAACAACAAGCUCUGGGACCCAAACAAGACCACUGUGACGAAGUUGGUGUUAGUUUCGUUGAAAAGUUACAGAGAAUAUAAUGGGAACAUUGCAUAUUAUAGAUGAGAAUAGUAGUUCCAGCUCCACUCUUGGUUAUUCAGCACAGACAAAUAAGUGUAUACUUCACUAAUGAUCUGUUUGAUUAAGGAAAAGAGGUCUUGCCCCUUUCGACACGCGUUCACGCAAACUUAGCUACCAACGACCAAGUAACCAACCUUGUACAAAUUAAGAAUGUUUUCGUCUAUCGAUUCUUAAUUGCAAAGGAAAAACAAGGGUAGUUAUGCCACUCUCUCCGCGUAAUUCCGAACAUCAAUCACAGUCACACCAACAUAACAUGCACCUUCCUCACACAUUCCCACACUUCUGUUAAGUAUAUAUUUAAGAGUGUAGUGUCUUCAAAUUCUCAUAUUCUCAUUCUUUUUUGGUACACCAUGAAGAGAGACAGAGAAGAGGGUGAGUUAGACAACAUGGCUAACUGUCUGAUGCUAUUGACCAAAGUUGGUGAGAGUGAAGCCAACGCAACAUCUAAGGGUAGAGAUAUAAGGGAUGGUGAAAUUGGUGAUUUCAAGUGCAAAACUUGCAAUAGAAGGUUUUCUUCUUUUCAAGCACUUGGUGGGCACAGAGCAAGUCACAAGAAACCAAAGCUCAUGAUCACUGAUCUUUCGUGCCGUCACCAGUUACCUUGUACUCCAACCACCAAACAACAACCUCGGAUGCACCCGUGUCCCAUUUGUGGGCUUCAGUUUGCCAUUGGACAAGCAUUGGGAGGGCACAUGAGGAAACAUAGAACUGCCAUUAAUGAUGGUCUGUUGAAUAAUCGGAGAGAUUCGGAUUCUUUGUCCAUUCUGAAGAAAUCUAAAAAUGGUGGAAGGUUGAAUUUGUGUUUGGACUUGAACUUGAUGCCAUUGGAGGAUGAUGAUCUUAAGCUCAAUCUAAGAACACCCGUUCUCAAUUGUUUCAUUUGAUUGGAAAUUUUGUACUUAACCAGAUUCUUUUUUUCCUUACACAGUUCUUGUGUGUUUUUUCGUAAUUUAUUAUAUGCAUAUGAACCUACUUGUAGUUCAUUUUGUAGUCGUAUCGUGUUUAUAUGAAAUUUAUUAGUAUCAAUUAUGCAGAUCAUUUGAGAGU